ACUUCAAAAAAAGAAAUGUAACAGAGAAAUCCGAGCUUUCAAGCUGUGAAACAAUAGCCAUGCCCUUCAUAAAUCUUUCUACUAAUUAUUUUUUUUCACGUAAGAUUCUCAAAACAAAUCAAAAUCUCAUCUUCUUGGUAUCAAAAAUUUUCUUACUUUUUUUGGUUUUGUUAUCCCGAAUUUUUAGAAUCAAAACCCACGUCAAUUCUUUUUCAAAGGCAUAUAUUCUCUCUGUUUCAAACUUUGUGUCUCUUCUUCUCCUUCUCUGAUCGUUCGUUUUCUGGACGAGAGAGAUGGUAAAUCCGGGUCACGGAAGAGGACCCGAUUCGGGUACUGCUGCUGGUGGGUCAAACUCCGACCCGUUUCCUGCGAAUCUUCGAGUUCUUGUCGUUGAUGAUGAUCCAACUUGUCUCAUGAUCUUAGAGAGGAUGCUUAUGACUUGUCUCUACAGAGUAACUAAAUGUAACAGAGCAGAGAGCGCAUUGUCUCUGCUUCGGAAGAACAAGAAUGGUUUUGAUAUUGUCAUUAGUGAUGUUCAUAUGCCUGACAUGGAUGGUUUCAAGCUCCUUGAACACGUUGGUUUAGAGAUGGAUUUACCUGUUAUCAUGAUGUCUGCGGAUGAUUCGAAGAGCGUUGUGUUGAAAGGAGUGACUCACGGUGCAGUUGAUUACCUCAUCAAACCGGUACGUAUUGAGGCUUUGAAGAAUAUAUGGCAACAUGUGGUGCGGAAGAAGCGUAACGAGUGGAAUGUUUCUGAACAUUCUGGAGGAAGUAUUGAAGAUACUGGCGGUGACAGGGACAGGCAGCAGCAGCAUAGGGAGGAUGCUGAUAACAACUCGUCUUCAGUUAAUGAAGGGAACGGGAGGAGCUCGAGGAAGCGGAAGGAAGAGGAAGUAGAUGAUCAAGGGGAUGAUAAGGAAGACUCAUCGAGUUUAAAGAAACCACGCGUGGUUUGGUCUGUUGAAUUGCAUCAGCAGUUUGUUGCUGCUGUGAAUCAGCUAGGCGUUGACAAAGCUGUUCCUAAGAAGAUCUUAGAGAUGAUGAAUGUACCCGGCUAACGCGAGAAAACGUAGCCAGUCACCUCCAGAAGUAUCGGAUAUAUCUGAGACGGCUUGGAGGAGUAUCGCAACACCAAGGAAAUAUGAACCAUUCGUUUAUGACUGGUCAAGAUCAGAGUUUUGGACCUCUUUCUUCGUUGAAUGGAUUUGAUCUUCAAUCUUUAGCUGUUACUGGUCAGCUCCCUCCUCAGAGCCUUGCACAGCUUCAAGCAGCUGGUCUUGGCCGGCCUACACUCGCUAAACCAGGGAUGUCGGUUUCUCCCCUUGUAGAUCAGAGAAGCAUCUUCAACUUUGAAAACCCAAAAAUAAGAUUUGGAGACGGACAUGGUCAGACGAUGAACAAUGGAAAUUUGCUUCAUGGUGUCCCAACGGGUAGUCACAUGCGUCUGCGUCCUGGACAGAAUGUUCAGAGCAGCGGAAUGAUGUUGCCAGUAGCAGACCAGCUACCUCGAGGAGGACCAUCGAUGCUACCAUCCCUCGGGCAACAGCCGAUAUUGUCAAGCAGCGUUUCAAGAAGAAGCGAUCUCACUGGUGCGCUGGCGGUUAGAAACAGUAUCCCCGAGACCAACAGCAGAGUGUUACCAACUACUCACUCGGUCUUCAAUAACUUCCCCGCGGAUCUACCUCGCAGCAGCUUCCCGUUGGCAAGUGCCCCAGGGAUUUCAGUUCCAGUAUCAGUUUCUUACCAAGAAGAGGUCAACAGCUCGGAUGCAAAAGGAGGUUCAUCAGCUGCUACUGCUGGAUUUGGUAACCCAAGCUACGACAUAUUUAACGAUUUUCCGCAGCACCAACAGCACAACAAGAACAUCAGCAAUAAACUAAACGAUUGGGAUCUGCGGAAUAUGGGAUUGGUCUUCAGUUCCAAUCAGGACGCAGCAACUGCAACCGCAACCGCAGCAUUUUCCACUUCGGAAGCAUACUCUUCGUCUUCUACGCAGAGAAAAAGACGGGAAACGGACGCAACAGUUGUGGGUGAGCAUGGGCAGAACCUGCAGUCACCGAGCCGGAAUCUGUAUCAUCUGAACCACGUUUUUAUGGACGGUGGUUCAGUCAGAGUGAAGUCAGAAAGAGUGGCGGAGACAGUGACUUGUCCUCCAGCAAAUACAUUGUUUCACGAGCAGUAUAAUCAAGAAGAUCUGAUGAGCGCAUUUCUCAAACAGGAAGGCAUCCCAUCCGUAGAUAACGAGUUCGAAUUUGACGGAUACUCCAUCGAUAAUAUCCAGGUCUGACUACAGAAACUCAGACUAGACUGCAAGAUUCUUUGUUUUUCUUCUCCCUCCUUCGAGGUACAAAGCUCAAAACAUGGCAAUAACCGAAGGGAAAGAUAGAAACGAUCAUGUGUUGUAUCUUUAGAUGAUAAUCUGCAGGAAAUUCCAAAAGCAGGUUUUAGAAGACAAUAAUUGUUUUCUUUUUGGUUAUUAGGAGUAAUGUGAAUUUCCUUGUUUCUACAUCUGUCUAGGUCUUACAACAAGACUCUUGACAUUUAGGGUUCUUGAUCGUCUAAUUUCCUAUAAUUAGAAAUGUUUUGCUUCUCUCUUUUUGAGUUUUAGGAACAUUUUGUGUAAAUAUGUUUCUAUGCGUUGUUGCUUCAUAAUAAUAAAGAUACGG